AUGUUGAAAUUGGUUUGCCAUGGGUGUAAGGCACUGCUUCGCUGCAAAGGUCCCUGCGGCUUGGCAGUUCGGCGUUUUGCUGAAGCAGCACCCAGUCUGUCACAGGAUGCUGAGAGGGCCCUUGGCUCAAUCAAGGCAACCAUGCAAGCCCAGAAGAAGGUCGCACAAAUACAUCUCUCCAAAGCCCAGAAGCGCAACUUUCCUGGCAACAUCAGGAAGUACAAGCUCAUGGGCGGGAGACCGGAGUUUCACAAUGUGGAUCGCAACAGGUACGGACGCAUCUUCGAGCCAUGGCACAGCUUUGAAAUUGUCAUAACGUCAUCCAAGAAUAAUUGCUGGGUCGUUGUGAAGAACAAAAGCUGGCGUCAUCGAACUGUCAUUCGGUCCCAUGCCGGCAACGUGGGCUACCGCGGCGCACUGAGAAAGUCGGAAGCUGCCACAUAUGCAAUUGGUCUGAACAUUGCGAAGAAGCUGCGCCGACUUGGUGUCACUUGUGCCGAGGUUCACUUCAGAAAGUUGAUGAAGGUGGAAACCUGCCUCCAAGCAUUCCAGAACGUUGGCCUGCAGAUUACAAAGCUGACCCACAUGCCUCGAACUCCAAUCGGAAAUCCACACAAACCACGCAAGAAGCGGCGUGUGUGA